CUAAAUAAAGUAAAAAACUUUUCUUCGCUGUGUUGAACUCUGUAGCUUCUCUCUCUCUCUCUCUCUUUGUCUUUCCUCUCUCUCUCUCUGUCUCUCUCUCUCUCUCUCUAAAAAUAGCAAGUUAGUAGCCACAGCUCAAGCUCGUCCAUGGAGUUUGGGACACAUUAAAAUCACUUUAGCACUGAGCUCUGUCUUCCUUAUCUUCAUAUCAAAAUACCAUUAUUUAAUUUAUUUCCAGUAGACACUGUUGGGUUACUCCGGAAUUGAUAUUCCAUUGAAUUUGGGGCUUCAUGUGGAAAGUUUUUGUGGGUUUUUCUUCUGUUUAUUAGAAUAGCUUCUGUUGCUUGUGUAUGGUGGUCAUGAUGUCCUCUGAAACAGUCUCAUCUCUGUCUCAUUCAGCCUGAGUUUGGGCUGAAAGUUUUACAGACACCAAAAAAAAAAAAAAAAAAAAAAAAAAAAAAAAAAAUCUGAAAAAAAAGAAAAAAAAAGAAAAAGAAGAAAACUUCUUUCCAUGAUUUGAAGUGGGUUUGUUUAGAAUUUGUUAACUGUGAUCCUGUUUCUUGGAAUGGAGUCUUGGACUUAUGUAUCUGAAGGGAAAGGUUUUGUUUCAGAAGAAACAAUUUCAACUUUUAAUUCACUUGCUAGAAGUAAAAAUGCUGUCUUGGGUUGGGAAUUGAAAACCCCUUGUACUUUUGGCAACAAUAUGUUAGUACCUGGUCAACAAGAUAUUGAGAAUCAUGGAUUUGGGGAGUAUAUUGAAAUGAUUGGAAAGCCAUUACCCAGUGAUUCGAUUGGCGGUGUUCUGAGUAGCAAGGUUGGUGUGGGAAAAAAUGUUAAUCAUACCAUGACAAAUACAUUUUCUGGAGAAGAAGAAUCCAGUUCAAAGCUUUCAAGCUCUAUUUUAGACUCUAACAGUAAGGAUUCGUCACUCAUUGACUUGAAAUUGGGGCGUAUUACGGAUCACAGAGAUAUCCAUACUUCUAAAUUUUCUAAAGGAGCACCGGUUUUGUCUUCAUUGGAGUCAUCUACACCGCCGAAGAGAAUGCGGAUUUCAGGGUUGCAUUCCCAGACUGCUUUCUGCCAAGUUUAUGGUUGUAACAAGGAUCUCAGCUCUUCUAAGGACUACCACAAGAGGCAUAAAGUUUGUGAGCUUCACUCAAAGACUGCCAAAGUUAUUGUGAACGGCAUAGAGCAGAGGUUCUGUCAGCAAUGUAGCAGGUUUCACUUGCUGGCUGAAUUUGAUAAUGGUAAGCGCAGCUGUCGUAAACGCCUUGCUGGACACAAUGAGCGUCGGAGAAAGCCUCAGAUGGGAAUUCAUUCUGGAAGAGCAGGGAGGUUGCUUCAGUCGUACAGUGGUAGCCGAUUUCAGGGAACUACAUUAUCAACUACAUCCUUUAUUUGCCAAGACAUACUCCCUGGUGGCUUUUUGCAUCCUGAUAAAUAUGGAACAAAUGACUGGUGCAGGAGUAUUAAAGUUGAAGAUGGCCAUGAUUAUAGACCUCUGUCAAGCCUCAUGGUAACAAAUGGUCAUCACCGUUCAAAAUCUCUCUUCCCUCCAUAUGAUAUUGAAAAACACUUUCCUCCUUUUAAUGAAAGUGGAGCUAAUGCUGCUACAGGAAGCAUUUUUAGUGAGAACAGUAGUCAAUAUCCACAUGACCUUGGAUGCCCAAAUUCCGGUCCACGUUCUUUUCUCCAUAAUAACACAUUAGGAAAUGAAGAUUUCAAUUUUUUCAAUACAGCAACAAACAUCCAGGGAUUUUCACUGGGAAUUUCAGGUUCUGGCUGUGCUCUCUCUCUUCUGUCAUCUCAAUCUCAGAACCCUUCGAGCCACUCAGCUGAAAUUCCCAUUGCUCGACCCGUGGUAAUGCCUGGCAACCAUACUUGUUACGGCAUGAGUCAGGUUUCAGAAAAGAUUAUUGGGGCAUGCUCACAAGCACCAAUAAGUGCGGUAUCAAACAAGCUACCUUCUCUAGGAAUGAAUACUGUGAAUGGAAAUAACCUGUCUCCCAUGCUGAUAUCCAAUGCUAGUGAUACUGUCAACUUUGAUAUCACAGAUGGGAUUUUUCAAGGAUCGGAUUUUGUAAAUUCGAAGGACCGUCUUUCUUGUGCAGAUGGACCGACCAUUGACUUACUUCAAUUAUCAUCACAGCUCCAACGAGUGGAGGAUCAAAGACAGUCUUUGCAGAUGAAGCAGGAAAAUGAUGCUUUCUGCUGUCUCAGGAUCACAUAAUGUGCUCCAUAAAACAAGGUAUGUCAACUUAGGCACUCUUCUCAAAAGUGUAAAAUAGGGAAGGGUGCUUGGGGUAUGUUCAUUUUCUAUGGCAAUAAUAUGUAUUUACUUUGAUGAAAAGGUGGAUUUCGUUGCCCAUCAUGUAAAACUCUUAUCAAAUUUCACAUGAAAUUGCAUGAGUUUCUAUUGGCAAAAUAAAAUCAAGGUACAAUGGAAUACAUACAUAUAUUGUCCCAACGCCUAGGAGAAAAUUUCCCGAUAGAUAAGUGUAUUCAACAUAAAGUGGACACCUAAUGACUUGUUAAGUGUGGAGUGUGCCGCCGCCAUUAACGAGGUAAUACUAAAAUGCUAGUGAGCAAGUGACAAAUCUUUAAAAAAACUUGUAAGGUUAGUGCUAGUGCUUAACAUGAGGUGGGAUAUCAAAGUUGUAUAUAUACAAGUGUCUCUUGUCAACUUACCUUGAUAAAAUUAUCACAAAUUUUAUCACACCCAUUGGAUUUGCUUGAAUUUAUUUAGUUGGUUGAGGCUAUUUUUUAAUAUUGAAUCUGAAGCGGAUAUGAUAUAAUAUUAUCCGGUCUAUACAUGUAUGCAUGAUUUUUAUUUUUAUUUUUUCCUUCCCCAAAAGUUGUCGUAUCUUAUCUAGAUUUUUAUAUUUUAAUUUAAAUAACUAUUGAAGCAGA